CGCGCGGGGGGGACUGGACCGGUGGGUGUGGAGGGCCCUAGGCGCCCUAGCGCGGGGGAGGCCGGGAACGAGAGUUGGUGCGGACCAGGCCUUCCGAGGCGCCGGCCACAGCUGGCCCCUGCGAGCCGCCCCGAAGCCGCCGCCUCCCCCUCCCCCUCCCCGCAGCCAGCAGCUUCGGAGCUCCCGCACCAUGCCCGGCAGGAACAAGGCCUCAUGCAGUUGCCCGGACCUGCCUUCGGGGCAGCAGGUCGGGGAGGGCGGCCGGGACGCCAAGGGCCGCCCGUUCCAGGAGGAGUCUGAGGAGGAAGGAGGGGACCGCAGGGCAAAGCCCAACGUGGGGGACCCCGACGUUGUCAAGUCCCCCAGUGACCCUAAGCAGUACAGGUACAUCAAAUUACAAAAUGGCUUGUGUGUGCUGUUGAUUUCGGAUUUAAAUAACAUGGACACUGCCCCUUCUGUGGUGUCUUCGGAGGGGGAGGACAGUGAUGAAUCUGAGGAUGCAAGUGAUGAGGAUGACGACUCUGGAGCAGAGAUUGAAGAUGACAAAGAAGCUGACGACGACGACGACUAUGACGAAGAUGAUGAUGGUGGAGAUGAUGAGGAUCUCCAUGACCCUGAUGACAGCGAAUUGGAAGAACUAGCAGAAAAGGAAGAGACAAGAAAGAGGGGUUGUACAGAAAAGCAGUCUGCAGCUGCCCUUUGUGUUGCUGUUGGCAGCUUCUCUGACCCUGAAGACCUACCUGGAUUAGCACACUUUCUGGAACACAUGGUGUUUAUGGGCAGUUUGAAGUAUCCAGAUGAGAAUGGGUUUGAUGCGUUCCUGAAGAAACAUGGGGGCAGUGACAAUGCCUCAACUGACUGUGAGCGGACAGUCUUCCAGUUUGAUGUACAGAGGAAAUACUUUAAAGAAGCACUUGACAGGUGGGCACAGUUCUUCAUUCACCCACUAAUGAUCAGGGAUGCAAUUGACCGGGAAGUUGAGGCUGUGGACAGUGAGUAUCAACUAGCAAGACCCUCUGAUGCAAACAGAAAGGAAAUGCUGUUUGGAAGCCUUGCCAGGCCUGGGCAUCCUAUGAAGAAAUUCUUUUGGGGCAAUGCAGAGACACUCAAACAUGAGCCUAAAAUGAAUAAUAUUGAUACCUACACCAGGCUGAGGGAUUUCUGGCAGCGCUAUUACUCUGCUCACUAUAUGACUUUAGUCGUCCAAUCUAAAGAAACUCUGGAUACUUUGGAAAAGUGGGUGACUGAAAUCUUCUCAGCGAUCCCAAAUAAUGGCUUACCCAGGCCAAGCUUUGGUCACCUGACACAGCCUUUUGACACACCAGAAUUUCACAAACUUUACAGAGUUGUUCCAGUCAGAAAAGUUCAUUCAUUGAGCAUCACCUGGGCACUUCCCCCACAGGAUCAGCAUUACAGGGUAAAGCCACUUCACUAUAUCUCCUGGCUAGUGGGACAUGAAGGCAAAGGCAGUGUUCUUUCCUUUCUUAGGAAAAAAUUUUGGGCCCUUGCAUUAUAUGGAGGAAAUGGUGAGACAGGAUUUGAACAGAACUCCACCUACUCUAUCUUCAGCAUUUCUGUGACUUUGACUGAUGAAGGUUACAAGCACUUCUGUGAGGUUGCACAUGUUGUAUUUCAGUAUCUGAAGAUGUUGCAGAAAAGAGGGCCAGAUAAAAGAAUUUGGGAAGAGAUCCAGAAGAUUGAAGCUAAUGAAUUUCAUUACCAAGAACAGACUGAUCCAGUUGAUUAUGUGGAAAGCCUUUGUGAAAAUAUGCAGUUGUUUCAGAAAGAGGACUUUUUGACAGGAGACCAGCUUUUGUUUGAAUACAAACCUGAUGUCAUUGCUGAUGCCCUUAACCAGCUCUGCCCUCAGAGAGCCAACCUGGUUCUGCUGUCUGCUGCCAACGAAGGAAAAUGUCAUCUGAAGGAGAGAUGGUUUGGGACACAGUACAGUGAGGAAGAUAUUGAUAAAUACUGGAGUGAUUUAUGGGCCAGUGACUUUCAGUUAAAUGAGGACUUGCACCUACCUGAAGAAAAUAAAUAUAUAGCCACUGACUUCACUCUGAAAGCACCUGAUUGCCCGGAGUCGGAAUAUCCUGUCAAAAUACUAAGCACACAACAAGGCUGUCUGUGGUACAGGAAGGAUGAUAAAUUCAAAAUUCCUAAAGCUUAUAUACGUUUCCAUCUGAUAUCUCCACUGAUUCAGCAGUCUGCAGAGAAUGUGGUGCUUUUUGAUACUUUUGUAAAUAUCCUCACCCACAACCUUGCCGAACCAGCAUAUGAAGCUGAUGUUGCUCAACUGGAAUACAAGCUGGUAGCUGGAGAGCAUGGUUUAGUCAUUCGAGUGAAAGGAUUCAAUCAUAAACUACCACUGCUCUUUCAGCUCAUCAUUGACCAUUUGUCUGACUUCAGUUUUACUCCAGCGGUUUUUGAGAUGAUAACAGAGCAGCUAAAAAAGACCUAUUUUAACAUCCUCAUAAAACCGGAGACCCUGGCCAAAAAUGUGCGUCUCUUAAUUUUGGAGCAUGGCAGAUGGUCUAUCAUAGAUAAAUAUGAGACAUUAAUGAAGGGCCUUUCCAUCGAGUCUCUCUCAUCCUUUGUUAAGGCUUUCAAAUCUCAACUCUUUGUAGAGGGUCUUGUACAAGGAAACUUCACAAGCAGAGAAUCAAAGGAUUUUCUGAAUUAUGUUGUUCAAAAGCUGCAGUUCUUUCCCCUACCGCACCCGUGUCCUGUUCAAUUUCGGGUGGUGGACCUGCCCAGCACACACCUACUCUGCAAAGUGAAAGCCCUUAACAAAGGUGAUGCCAACUCUGAAGUGACAGUCUAUUAUCAGUCUGGGGCUAGGAGUUUAAGAGAAUACACCCUCAUGGAACUGCUUGUGAUGCACAUGGAGGAGCCUUGCUUUGACUUCCUGCGAACCAAACAAACCCUUGGCUACCAUGUGUACCCGACCUGCAGAAAUACAUCUGGGAUCCUCGGGUUCUCUGUUACUGUAGCAACACAAGCAACAAAGUACAACUCUGAAUUGGUCGACAAGAAGAUAGAAGAUUUUCUUUCUUUCUUUGAAGAAAAAAUCAAGCAUUUAACUGAAGAAGCAUUCAGCACACAGGUCACAGCUCUAAUAAAGCUUAAAGAGUGUGAAGAUUCCCAUCUUGGAGAAGAAGUGGAUAGGAACUGGAAUGAAGUGGUGACUCAGCAGUAUCUGUUUGACAGGCUUGCCCGUGAGAUUGAAGCUCUGAAAUCCCUUAUGAAAGCAGACCUGGUGGACUGGUUCCAAGCUCAUAGAGGCAGUGAGAGCAAAGUACUCAGUGUACAUGUGGUUGGAUUUGGAAAACAUGAAGGGGACUCAGAAGUACCAGCUGUGUCUGAUGUUCAGAACUCCUCAUGUGGUGAAAUACCUCAGCUAACUUUCUUACCUCCUUCCUCCUUGAUGAUUAACACCACUUCCAUCAAGGACAUCAAAGCUUAUACAUCAGCUCUGAAUGUUCUCCCUUACCAUAAAAUAUUAAAAUAAAUUGUCAUCUUGCCCUGCUGUAGUGUGUAAUUUAAGUUAUUUACUGUUUGAGAACUACAAAUCAUUUUGUCUCACUAAACUAAUGUGUAAGAUUAUUCCUUAGCUUUUAAAAUUAACCUUCCUUACCCUCUUGAAAGCUGGAACAACUUAAUUUUUACAGCUGUUACAAGGAAAAUGUUCCUGAUAUAAAACAACUGCCUAUUCUUAAAUAGCCUUUCUAAGAAAUAGAAUAAAGGCAAAAGAGGGAGAAGGUUACUUUCUGUAGCUGCAUGGUGUUAAGUCUACACAAAGUAUUAGUUUAAAAGUUUACAGAUGGUUCAGCAUGAAUGCUAAAGUGAACUGUGCAAUAAUUACUGAAGGAACUGGUUAGUUGUCAGAUACCUACAAUGCACGCUCCUAUUAACAAAUGUGUUUAAAUAAAAAUGUCUAUUUUCUA